AUGACUGAAAAAAAGAGCGAAAAUCAAUUUAUUUGUAGCGUUUGUAAUUUUGAUACCGCUUAUAAUUACUUCGGAAAAAAGCCGCCUUUUGCCAAAUCACUUGUAUUGCUUGAAGAUGCGUAUGUGAUGAAAGAUCCAUUUAGCACGGAGGGAGGCAUCAUUACUCUUGGAUCACACUGCUCUCUCUGCCAGAAACCAGUAUGUUUAUCUAAUGAAUGCAGCUUGUUUUUCACCAAACGAUUCUGUAUCGACUGUGCCAAGCUACACAUGAGUGAAUUUCCUAUUGAAAUAAAACAGGAACUGUUACGCAAACACAAGAAGGAUCCAAGUUGAUCUGUAUCUUCCACACACCAAGAACUACGGAAACAAUAACAGCACUGACAGAUUGGGGUGGGAAUUGUGCCAACAAACACAGAUCAGGUUGAAUAGGUUCCUUCCGCCUUCUCUUCCUGGUCUGCCUAAUGAGCUGAGGCAACUGCCACUUUUGGAAGACAAUUGCGACUUCUUGCAGGUAGGGCAUAAUCGACAAUUAUCGUGUUGAUGCUACGGAGCCUCUUGGUGUGUUUCAACUCUGGCGGCUGUCAAGUUUGCCUGCUUCGUGGUAACAUGCUUAAUUUUAGGGUGCUACUAUUGUUAUAACAAGCCGCAGUUUGCUGUUUGUAAGAUGCGCUCUUGGCCAACUCGAACUUAGAUGCAAGUUUUUGUUUUCCUGUAUUUUUUGUAUUUUUUUUAUGCUUUAAUUUCCGUAAACACCUUCGGCGUUUGACCUGAUUUUUUGUUUGCUUUCUUCUUCCAGUUUGAUGUGUUGAGACAUACUCUAUGUUUUGUUAGUCCACAGUCUGUAUCAGUUUGAACCGUGUGACACUACGACUCGCUGCCAAAAGCCGGAAGUGCUUGAGCUGACCAACAGCGUAGUUCUGUACAUGUAGUGCGGCUAUAUCUGCCUAUAAAUGCAUUCUUACACCCUU